UAUACAGAAAGUGAUACUUGUGAUAGUUUAAAAAAGAAAAUUGUGUGAAAAUGCCCCGCAAGAAACGCGCCUCCAGCCCCUUGGAUCUCUACGAUGAUGACUUUGAUGAGGAUGCUAGUUCACAUAGCUCCCAGCCGCCGGUGCAACGAAAUGCGGCAAAUGCCCGGGAACGAAUGCGGAUGCGGGUUUUGUCCAGCGCCUAUGGACGUCUGAAGACCAAGCUGCCCAACAUUCCGCCGGACACGAAACUCUCCAAGUUGGACACCCUGCGUCUGGCUACGCUGUACAUCAAGCAGCUAAUCACUGCUGUGGAAACUGGCACCAAUGGCAGCCACCACUCCCAUCACAGCCACUCACAAAACCAUAGCCAGAGUCAUGGGCACAGUCACAGCCUGAACCACAGCCACUCGAGUACAGCCAGCUCCGAUGGCCUGGACACGAGUCACAUGGCAGGAGAGGGUGCCUCUGGAGCAGGCAAUUUCCAUUUCCAUGGCAGCGGGCACGGCAUGAGUUGGCCUUUCGAGUUCCAUCAGAGCAGUCGCAGCCUGGCCGCCUUCGGUGCGGCGACAUCAUCCAGCUCCUCCGGCCGCAUGGACUGGCAGUCGCUGCAUCAUCCCAUCCAAGCCUAUCCGAAAACCACGCGGAGUGAGACCAACGUCCAAGCGGAUCUCAGUUACCAGCUGCCGGAGUCCCAUGGUCACUGGUAUCCAGCGGAAAUGCAUCAAAUGGAGCCCUCGCCCAGCUGUUCCUACGAGACGGGCGUGGGGCACCAUCAGCGCGGGAUAGCAAUAGCCACCAGCCACGCCCACGGUCUAUAAUGACGCCGCAUUUAUUAAUCGUAAAUGUUGUGUUAGCUCCUAGUAAUUGUAUUAAAACGUGAUCUAUUUGUAUGUAUGUGCAACUUAACUUAUCAC